AUGAUGAACUACAGCAAAGCUGAUCCGAAACUGGCGCCUCAAUUGGUUCAAAAUAUCCACACCAUGAAAUUCGCCUCAUUGGAUAAAAGUGCUGUCAAAUCGACACCAAUUGAAGCUGCCAACGGCGAUAAAAAUCCCCGAUAUUGGUCACCUAACUGCAGCAAGAAGGAGGAGCCUCGAUAUGACAUCUAUUUCCCUCAGGUGUUGCACGGAGAUUUGGCGGCUCGCAAUGUUCUCCUGGCGGAUGACAACAUUGUAAAAAUCGCCGAUUUCGGAUUGUCACGCAAAGUCUACAAGAAUUGUAACUACCAGAAACAAGGACAAGAAGCUCUGCCUGUCAAGUGGAUGGCCAUUGAAUCGCUGAUCGAUCGAGUCUUUUCCUCCCAGUCGGAUGUUUGGUCUUUCGACGUUACCAUUUGGGAACUCUUUUCUCUCAGCAAACAACUCUGCCCAGCGGUGAAUGAACUAGCGGAUUUGAUCCGCUUUUACAAAAUGGCAGGAGGAUGGAUAGACCAGAAUUGAUGCCCAGAGCCAUCGGUAAUGUCACGGAGGAUUGCUGGAAGCACAACCAGGAAGAGAGGGCGACAUUCGCUCGAUUGGAACACAUUUUGGGCGAGAUGGUCGAUCGAAUCAUCCGCCAACAUUUCGCCGGCGAGGAAGUGAUGACAGAACAUAAAAAUUACGUGAAAAUGAACACAAAAAUUGGUUCAAAUAAUACCGCAGCUCAAUCCGAAUAUGAAACAAUGACCAGCAAUGAAAAUCGACAGGUGAUUUCAGUAUUAAAUGCUUCCUCCUUAUCGCAGCGUCCAAAUGGUCCUCCCAAAUUGUACCCGCACUUAGGUGUGACGAAUUACAUCAACACCUGCACGGAAGUCAACACCCCUCCGCAAACGCCGAUAAGCUACACGAAUUUCAGAAAACUUAUGUCAGUGUCAUUUCAAAAGAGCCUGGCAGACACCUCAACAAUGACGCAAGGUUACCUAGCCGUGUUACCUGGCACACCAGUUUGAAAUGUCUUUCGCACCCAUUCCCGCAAAUAUAUUUGAAAAUUUAUAAUUUGUCCUCCAAUCCACCAUUGCGUUCCUAGUUUAAAUGUACCUUACGACUAGCCUUACGUAUGGAAUUGGAAGAACAUUGUACCAACAAAACAUCAGGAUCUUUGAAUAAAUAAAAAUAU